ACCGGAAGUAAACGACUUGAACACUCGACAGUUAGUCAGCCUUACAGCCAGGGGCAAGAUUGAACAGGGAUCCUCGUUAACCUGUACUUACCUGGACUGUCUUCAGGUAGCCUGUACAACCAACUCUUACCUGGUAAUUAUGACCAGGUGAAAUAAGGGCUGUAUAGUGUGUCCAGACCUCAUUUGUGUGAGAAUCUUUGCCAGAGGAGCUAGUUGGCCCGGUUGGCUGAGCGAGGUGAAUUCUGUGGCCUAUUGUUAUGGUGGUCGGCUGGUUUACAAGGAUGGGACGAGGCUUUCUCUGGCAUGGCCUACAUUAUUUCAAGGACUGAGUUUCAGACAUUGUAGGAUGUGUUUUAUCAACUACGGCUUCAGCAACCUGCUUGGAGUGGAUUAAUUACCUGUAUAAACACAGCCAGGUAUUGAAUUUGGUGACACCAGUCAACACACAGGACUAGUCAGCUUGUGGUUGUUGUUGCUGGAAUUAGGUGUGCCUUCAAACUGGCCCAAGUCAGGGCCACCUAAUCAGGAGACUGUUAAUUACUACCUGAGAUUUGCUGGGAAGGUUGUAAAUCAACUAGAGAUACCUGGCGGUUUCAAUCCCCCCUGUGACCUCAUUUGACUAGGAUGUGCAAGAUGCAUCACUCUAUGAUUGAAUGACGGAUCGAUGGGGAGACAGACAAACCCUAAUGUCACAAUUGUGCUCAUUUCGGGGCAGGAAUUCCAUCAGUUUGAUAGUUAUGGGAAACCCAAGGACAGGUUGUGAUCGAGUAUACUAGGAUCUUCCUCGGAUUGUGGAACUGUGGAUUAUUUAUUUGGACUUGUGUGUGUGUUGUGGAAAUAUGUUCGUGACUUCCUUCAAAAUGGUGCAUGUGUUGUGGGUGAUAUUGACUGUGAUAUUUUUGAGCGGGGAUAGUUUGCAGCAGACAAGCCCCACGAACACAACAGCUCAUCUUGGAUGCCAUGUUGUGAAUCUGUGCUUGAACAAUGCUACCUGUGUUGCGAAUCCUGACGAGGGGACAACCUACAGGUGUAUGUGCACACCAGGUUAUACAGGUACAAAUUGUGAAACGGAGAUUGACGAAUGUCGUCGCGACCCAUGUAAGAACGGCCAGUGUAUUGACCUGGUCAAUGGCUUCAGGUGUAACUGCACAGGUUCAGGUUAUGAUGGGGACACAUGCAUCGACGAUGUAAGUGAAUGUGAUUUGACUCCUGGUGUCUGCGGGAGUGGCACCUGCGUGAACAACCCUGGCAGCUUCACCUGCGUCUGCCCACCAGGCUACGACGGUAUUGGAUGUGUACUGGAUGUCAACGAGUGUGAUUCGAUUCCAUGCCAGAAUGGAGGGAACUGUACGAAUGGCAUGAACACGUACCUCUGUACAUGUCCCAGGGGCUUUACUGGCCAUGACUGUGAGGGGGACAUUGACGACUGCGUCAACGUGACAUGCCGCGGUGCCAACACACGCUGCCUCGAUGGCAUCAAUGGCUACACUUGUGUUUGCAACGAUGGAUACUCAGGAUUCGCCCCUGUGUGCCGGGACAUUGACGAGUGUGCUUCUAACCCGUGCUAUGGCAAUGCAACCUGUGACAACCUGGAGAACGCCUUCAGGUGCCACUGUUCACCAGGAUAUACCGGAGAUCAGUGCCAGACCAACAUCAAUGAGUGUCAGGACAACCCAUGUCAAAAUGGUGGAACGUGUAAGGACGAGGUCAACUCCUACAGAUGUGAAUGUGUGGAUGGCUACAAGGGAGACAACUGCAGUGAGAACAUACAGGAAUGUCAGGAGAUGCCAAUGCUGUGCAAAAACGGAGCAACAUGUUUAGAUGGGAUCAACGAGUAUGUGUGUGCGUGUGCUCCGGGCUGGACUGGCAUACACUGUGAGACGGACUUCAAUGAGUGUGACAGCAACCCCUGCUUGAAUGGCGCCACCUGCCACAACCACACCAACUACUACAACUGCAGCUGUGCGCUUGGCUUCACAGGCUUUGACUGCUCAGAGAACAUUGAUGAAUGCACCCCGAAUCCAUGUCUGCACGGAGGUCGUUGUCAAGACGGCAUCAGCAGCUUCACCUGCAACUGCAGCUCUGAGUGGAUGGGCAGACGGUGUAAUGACACCUACAACGCCUGCACGGCUCUGUCUCCCUGUCAGAACGGAGGAACGUGCAACACGCAACAGCCAAACCAGGACUACAACUGUACGUGUGUGGCAGGCUUCAAUGGGCGCAACUGCGAGAUCAACGUGAAUGACUGUCGCAGUGAUUCGUGCAAGCCCUUCGAACAGUGUUACGAUGCAGUCGGCAACUUCACCUGUGGCUGCCCAGUGGGUUACACUGGAUCUGAUUGCUCGACUGAAAUCAACGAUUGCGACCCCAACCCCUGCGUUCACGGCACAUGCCAUGACCAUGUGGGGGAGUACACAUGCACCUGUCAGCGUCAGCUCGUUAACCUUACCAACUACACCCCUGGCCAGGUGCAUGAGUUUUAUACAGGGUGGCAGGGAGUGAACUGUGAUGAGGACAUCAACGAGUGUAAUCAGUCAGUUGUCGCAUGCCUGAACCGAGGCCUCUGUCAGAACUCCCCCGGCAGCUACGAAUGUUACUGUGGGGGAGCAGGGGGUGACAACUACGGCAUUGGCACCAACUGUGAGAGGACCUCCAGCUACUGCCAGUUGGAAGCAGGGGGAGCCCCAUGUAAGAAUGGGGGGACGUGCAUCAACUUGCAGAGGAACUUUGAAUGUUUAUGUGCCCCUGGAUAUUCAGGUGAUCGUUGUCAGUCAAAUAUUGAUGAGUGCGACCCCAACCCCUGUCUCUACAACGGCACCUGUGAAGACGGCAUCAACAGCUACAACUGCACCUGCAUUCCCGGCAUCACAGGAGACAACUGUGAAAUAAACAUCAACGAAUGUUGGCCCCGGAACCCCUGUUUGAACUACGGAACCUGCAACGAUCAAAUCAAUGGGUAUGAGUGCGACUGCACUAACACUGGCUUUAACGGAACUAACUGUGAGAGCAACAUCAAUGACUGCAUUGGUGUUCCGUGUCAGAACGGGGGUACCUGCGUUGAUGGUGUUAAGAGCUAUGACUGUGCAUGCUAUGCUGGGUACACAGGCAGCAACUGUGAGGAAGACAUCAACGAGUGCUUGUCCAUACCGUGCCAGUACAAUGGGACAUGUAUCGAGCGGUCCAAACAAGCUCUUUAUGGCCAUCACACCGCACUUGACAACUUUUCAUAUGCUACGGCAGCUGGCUAUAUCUGUGAAUGCAUCACUGGAAUAACAGGACAAGAUUGUGAAGUGAACAUCGAUGACUGUGUGAACCACCCCUGUGAAUAUGGCGCAACGUGUGAAGAUCUGAUCAACGCCUUUCGCUGCAACUGUGCGCCUGGCUAUGAAGGACAGUUAUGUAACACCGAGGUCAACGAGUGCACGCGGUACCGGGCCUGUCAAAACGGGGCAACCUGUACAGACCGGAUCAAUGCCUACGAUUGUCAGUGUCCAGCCUUCCAACAGGGACAAACGACAUACGGCGGUCAAAAUUGCACCAUCGUCUUGACAGGAUGCGACGCUAAUACCAUGUGUCAGAAUGGAGCGACAUGUGUACCAACACUGAACGAGGCCAACCAACAUGGCUAUAACUGCCGAUGUACGACUGGCUUCACCGGGCGCCACUGUGACGUGUCGACAACAAUCAGCUUCGCCAACGGUGCCCAAAUAACCAAGGCCUUUGUGACGAACUUUACACUGCAUAUGCGAUUCCGAACUACCCUGAAAUCGGCAGUGUUGAUGGUGUACAAGCCAGGCAGAGAUGACUACAUCAGCAUGGAGAUCCAUGAUGAGAAACUGGUGGCAGUGUUUGGAAGUUCUGUCAAACCUCUGUCCAGUCAUGCUGCUUUGACAAGAAGGAUUGUCAAUGAUGCUGUAAUGCACACAGUCACUAUGAUAGUGAAGCAGAACAUCACAAUGAAACUGGAGAGUUCCCUAUGCAACUCACUUGAAGCGUGCACGGCCUCGUUCUCAUUCCCCCGUCCACUAGGAACUGAUGUUAACGAGUUGUUCAUCGGCAACGUGGACCAGUCUGUUAUGAAUUCAACAUUGUCCAAAACUGCGUUCACUGGUUGUAUGGAAGAUAUCAAGUAUAACGGGAAUUACGUGAUUCCAUCCAACGAUUUUAUAGCUUCAUUUCACGGUGUCCAGAAUGGAUGUCAGCGUUCCGAACAGUGCCUUCCGUAUACAUGCAAUCGCAAUGGAGACUGUGAAGAUUUGUGGAACACAUUUAGAUGUGACUGCCAUCGACCAUACUUAGGGAAUACUUGUCAAACAGAAUACACGCCUGUCACCUUUUCUAAAGACAACGUCCAGAGUUGGGCCAGCUUUAGUCUGAGUAGUCUCAGCCCCAGACUGAACAACACUAUCAACUUAUCCCUGUUUGUGCGGACCCGCCAGACUGAUGGCAUCAUCAUGUACCUUGGCAACACCAACCCCUCGUCCUACAUCACCCUGGAGAUGACAAGCGGGAUGCUGUCCGCAACCUUCAUGCUCUGCAACGCUGAGCACAUCCUGAACUCAACCACCCCUUACAAUGAUGGAGAGGCACAUUUUGUGGAGAUUAAGAAGACCAGCACUGACUUGAGCUUGUCUGUCAAUCAGGGAUUUCCAGAUCUGACACCGUUCACAGAUACAGAACAGUCCACAGCCACCUGCCUAUUUCAACCGGAUGUUACUUAUUUCGGUGGCAGGGUACCAACUGCUGGUGGUGUUGGAAGACGGAGACGAGCGGUGGAUGGUUCGAGUCCUUACUUUCAAGGGGUUAUUCAGGACGUGGAAGUUAAUGGGGUUAAGCUGGAGUUCUUCCCGGUAAACGGGACAACAGAGGCUAGCCUAGUGAUGUCCUCGUCUUCAAACCUCACCGAGGGCAAGGUCUCUACAGAGAAAGCUUGUGAUUUAUUGCCAUGCAAGCAGAACGGGAAUUGCUCCAAUGAGUUCUAUAAUGAUUUCAGAUGUGAGUGUCCUUAUGGAUAUCGUGGAAAAGAUUGCGGAGAGCUCGACUUCUGUCGCAAUUCCACCUGCCCAGACGGCGCCACCUGUAACAGUCUCAACAGUGGCUAUGAAUGUAUCAGCAGUUCUACCUUUAACGGUGCCACCAGCUUAGCUUCCUACACAGCUAUCUUGGAGUCAGACAGAGAGAUUCACUCUGUGAGCCUGAAGCUCAGAACAGGAGUACUGUACGGAGCUCUCCUUCACAUCCAACAUGGCCAACACUUCAUGAAGCUGCGUGUUGCCGGAGGAAAUGUACAGCUGAACUAUAAGCUAAAGGAUGAGAUUUCAAGUGUGCUUAAUGUCCACCAAGUGGUCAAUGAUGGACAGCAGUAUGACAUUAAGAUGACCAUGAAGGACAAUGACAUAAACCUCCAGGUGCUUCUCAAUAGCACUAUUUUGAAAGAGGCUGAUGUGAACGUUGACAAUACCCUAACAAACCUUACCAACUUGAUACAGAAUGGGGCAAAGAUUUACAUUGGCGGAACAGGACCAGGCCAGUCUUGGGAACAGCCAUAUAAAGGUUGUCUGGAGGAAGUUCGAAUUGGAGGAAUAUUGCUCCCAUUUUACUACGAUAACACAUUUUUCAACAACGAUAUGAGAACUGAGAAGUUCAUUGCAGCGAGCAUUGUUAACCUCCUGGAUGGCUGUCGAAAGGAUCCGUCUCCGAGCAUCAGUGGUAAAAAUGGCGCCACAUGUGAGAUUGGCUGGAAUGGCAAGCCGACCUGUGCAUGUCGGACUGGUUUUACGGGGCAGUGGUGUGAGAUCAAUAUCGACGACUGUACGGCAUCGUCAUGUCAGAAUGGUGGCGUGUGUGUCGAUGGUGUGAACAGCUUCAGCUGCAAGUGCCGCAGAGGAUACAGUGGGGACAGGUGUCAGCAGAAUGUGGACUACUGCAACGGUACAGUGUGUAGCAACAAUGGAUCCUGUCAGGAGGAAACAGCAGGGUUUAUGUGCAACUGUAGUGAGGAGUUCACUGGGAUUACCUGUAACACGAGGGUGAACCAGUCUUGCAGGACCGAACUUUGUCAGAAUGGAGGAACCUGCUCCAAUAUCAACAUCACACAGACAUCAGGGACUGUAGCUUCAUUCAACUGUACAUGUGCCGCGGGGUACGAGGGACCUCUGUGUGAACGACCCCAGGACUUCUGUUCUGUUCAGACAUGUGGGAGCAGGGGGAAUUGUACCUCAGAUCCUGACACUCGGUCCUACACCUGUAGCUGUGAUGCUGGGUGGACUGGCACUAACUGUGAGACCAACAUCAACGAGUGUCACAUGUUGGCGUGUGAGAAUGGUGGAACCUGCCAGGACGCAGACAGUGGUUUUGUUUGUAACUGCACGGACGGUUGGACUGGCAAUCAGUGCACAGUGCGUGUCAAGGUGUGCAACAACAACCCGUGCCAGCGUGGCAACUGCAGCGACGUUCAAGGAACCGCUCAAUGUAACUGCACAGGUUCAGGCUUUGAAGGUGAUGGAUGCACUGUCGAAGUUAAUGAGUGUGACGACAACCCCUGCCAGAACGACGGCACCUGCAGCAACACGGAGGGCAGCUACAUAUGCAACUGCACCAUCGGCUACACCGGACCCAACUGCAGCAUUGUAGACUGUGGUCAAGUCGAUUGUCGCAACGGUGGAACUUGUGGAACAAAUGCAGACAAUACCAAAUGGAAAUGUCACUGUACAGAGUACUAUGCAGGUGACAUGUGUGACAUCCGAGGUCCGUGCUUCAACCAGACGUGUGAGCUGGCCAACACUGACCAAUGUGUGCAGAACAUCGAAGCCUUCAACUACACCUGUGUCUGUAACAACGGCUGGGAGGGAGACAACUGCACCCAGGACAUCAACGAGUGCGACACAGGUGUGCAGCAAUGUCAAAAUGGCCACUGCAACAACAGCGAUGGCAGCUACAGCUGUGACUGUUAUCCAGGAUACAUUGGCCAGCUCUGUGAUAUUGACAUUGACUACUGUCAGCCUGGCUUCUGUCAGCCUGGUGUGUGUACAGAGAGAAACACGUCCUUUUCCUGUAACUGCACAAAUACAGGUUAUGAGGGAGAAGACUGCACAACGGAUAUCGAUGAAUGUGAGGUGAACAAUUCCUGUAGAAAUGACAACAUGAUCUGCAACAACACGGAUGGCGGCUUCACGUGUCCCUGCAAGGCCGGUUUCCUGGGUCAGGAUUGUGUGAUGGACCCGUGUACUGAGACCACCUGUGACAACGAAGGAACCUGCAACUCCUCCAGCGUUGACAACAUCAGCUUUGAACCUGUGUGUUACUGUGCAAGUGGCUAUGAGGGCGCCAGAUGUGAGAAAGCGCUACCAGUAACGGGGCCCGAAGAGUUAAAUAUUUGGUAUAUCAUCGGUCCCAUCAUAGCAAUUGUGCUCCUGGUUGUUUUGAUAGGUGUAAUAAUAUUCCUGAUGAUGGCCCGGACGAAGAGAGCCACACGGGGAACAUACAGCCCCAGUCGACAAGAAACUUCAGGAGCAAGAGUAGAGUUAGGAAAUGUUUUGAAAAAGCCGCCCGAAGAACGGUUAAUAUGAACAUCACUACACCCAAAGUCUGGUCACAGCCCAGACACAUACUUCUUGUUGCUGGUUCUCGGAGAACAAAGUGAUCUGUGUUCAGUGAGAGAACAAUCAUGCGGAAACAUUCAUGGGCAAACAUCCAUCUGGAGAACUGAGGUCCAUGUGUGUGUGUCGAAUUUGGAUUGCUUCAAAGGGAGAUAACUCAAGGAUAUUUAUAUUCAGACAAAUAUGUUGUGACUUCAAUGAGACAGUGCCUUUAAUUGGAUUCCUGAGAGUGAAGAACUGGAUUUAGAAUAUGGAAGUGCUUGGUGCUAGUUCGAAAGAUUCUCAGAGACAGGGAAGAGACAUUUGGCACAAUAUGAUAUUAUUUUCAGUGUGUGUGUUGUAUGUGUGGAAAAUCUGACUUGGUAUGAUUCCGUAAUCCUGGUGUGAUUCCUUGUAUUGAUGGUAUGAUUCCUUGUGUUGAUGGUAUGAUUCCUUGUAUUGAUGGUAUGAUUGUGCCAAAAGUGAAAUGAUCAUUCUAAUCAUGGCAAAAAAGGAAGCUUUUUCACCAACAUUAUGACCAACGCAUGAUGGCGCUAAACAUUCAUUGUAUAUUUCUUCCAGGGUGUUGCUGCAUCAAACAUUAUAGCCCAAACAGCUCAUCAUACAAUAUUGCCAUGGGUUCUGUAGGCACCUGUUCAGACUCCACAGAUUGUCAGUAUUGGCCAAUAAUUCUACAUCAUUCAGGGAAGGAGGCUCAUAGAGAUCUAUGAUACUGUGAUUCUAUUUUAUGUACUAAGCUAGAGCAAUGUUAGUGUUUAUAUGUUUGACUCAUGGUAGUCUAUGAUAGGAACAAUGCAGGCAGUUUAAUGUCAGGGCACUGGUUCACAAAUUAUUUUUAGCGCUAUGAUUGUUUUAAGUCUAUGUUGAAGUAUUGGAGUUAAGAUAGCCAUAGCGCUUUGGCUGCUUUGUGAAACGGAGCCUAUGAUUUUAUUCACACUUCUUGAAUAGACAUUUGGUUAGGCACUACAGAGUUAAUCAUUAUUUCAUUAUACCGUAUUCGACGUAAUAAGCGCCCACGGCGAUAUUUGCUAAUAUAUUGGCUCGUGAACAAUCCCAAUUAGCACCCCUUCCGAUUGAUCAAUGUACAUAAUACUUAUUUAUUCGCCCUCGUGUGUUU